AUGUAGAGCCCCAAAGGUAUAAAUGGGGCCCAUUUAAAGAUAAGUUCGAAGGCCCGCCAAGGGGAUGGCCCACGGUUGAUGUAUGCAUGCGAAGCAUGGCAUCCAUGCCAUGGCGUCUUUUUUUUCCCGCGCGAACAUGAAGCCAUCUCUCGGGAGUAGAAAAGAGAGGGAAAAGGAAGAGAGAGGAGAGAGAGAGAGAGGGCAGAGGACUCUGAGCCGUGAUCCAGGCAAAUUCAUUCAACGAUUUCCAAAACCCUAAAAGCCCUUUCCGUUACGCCUCCCGCUGUUGCCGGUGGCUCUGGCAAGCUGCUGUCUGUGGCUCGUACGAAGCCUGCAAAGAUACUAGGGUUUGGAGGAUAUUCUGUCAAUUGUUCUACGUGUCUUCUGUUCGUUUCAGAAGAUUUUGAGAAAUGGUAUGGUAGAUCGGGUAGGGUUUAUGGCAAAAACAGGCUUGAGUGGUCUAGUCCCGUGUGUUUCGGGAAUGGAUGACGUUAAGCCGUCAAUUUCCUCUUGUUCGGAUGAUGGAGAUGCUCUGGAGGCUCGUUUUGCAAAUUUGUGCAAGAGUGGGCUUGCGCUUGAUGAGAGCACAACGAGACAGGCAAUGGUCUUGUUCAGAGAAAGUAAACACAUUCUGUUGGCCAACAUAUCUACAAUUGGAAGCGGAACUCCUGGGGAGGUCGAGAGGUAUUGGUCAGCAUUUGUAUUGUACUGCAUUACAAGAUUGGGUCAAAGUAAGGGAAGGAAGGAAAGUGGGCAGCAUGGAGUUUCUCUGUGUCAAAUUUUGAGGGCUUCUAAGUUAAACAUUGUUGACUUUUUCAAAGAGAUGCCACAGUUCUCUCUGAAGGCUGGUUAUAUUCUUAGUGGUUUAUAUGGCUCAGAUUGGGAGAAGAGGCUUGAGUUGAAGGAGUUGCAAGUGAAUUUUGUUCAUCUAAGCGCUUUAAGCAGGCACUACAGGCGAGCAUAUCAAGAACUAUUUUUGCGGGGUGAUUCUAGCAGCCAACCUUCUGGUUUUUCCAGUAAUACAGGGUACAUUUCAGAUUACCACCGUUUUGGAUGGUUAUUAUUCUUGGCUCUACGGGUGCAUACAUUCAGCCGUUUUAGGGAUCUUGUGACCUGUACUAAUGGAUUAGUUUCAAUAUUGGCCAUACUUAUUCUCCACGUUCCCAUAAGAUUUAGGAAUUUCAAUGUUACCAACUCUCGGCUAUUUGGGAAGAAAACUGAAAAGGGUGUUGAUCUUCUUGCUUCUCUGUGCGACAUUUAUCAUACAUCAGAAGAUGAGCUGAAGAUAACAUUGGAAAAAACUAAUAAGUUAAUUGUGGACAUUUUAAACAAAAAUCCUUGCCCAGCUUUAGAAUGUAAAACACAAAACUUGGAUUGCUUUAAUACAGAUGAUUUGACGUUCUUUGAGGGCCUUUUGGAGGAUGAUUCAUUGCAAUCAAUUCUUCAUAUUUUAGAGAAGGAUUAUGAUGAUGCAAUUAACACUAUUGGUGAAUUGGAUGAACGGGUGUUUUGUAGUGAUGAUGACAGUGUACUUGGAACUGGAAGCUUAUCUGGAGGAGCCAUUAACAUAUCAAGUAGAAAGAGUAAACCGGACAUGAUAACUUCACCAGAAAAGACAAUCAAAAGUCCUGCCUCUAUUAUGCAAUCUCCUACAUCAUCUGUCAAUGGCAAUCUUUUGGGUAACUCUAAGAUGGUAUUUGACACACCUGUUAGUACAGCAAUGACAACUGCAAAAUGGCUUCGAAAUAUCAUCUCUCCACUACCUUCAAAACCUGAUGGAGAACUUCGCCGCUUUCUCUCUUCAUGUGAUAAGGAUGUGACCAAUGACAUUAUAAGGAGGGCCAACAUAAUAUUAGGGGCUAUAUUUCCAGUUAGUUCAUUUGGAGAAAGAUGUGUUCCCGGAAAUCUGCAAGGUGCAAGCCUUAUGGAUAGUAUAUGGGCUGAGCAGAGAAAACUUGAGGCUUUGAAGUUGUACUAUCGUGUUUUGGAGGCGAUGUGUCGAGCAGAAUCACAAAAACUGAAUGGCAACAAUCUUACUUCACUGUUAACAAAUGAGCGUUUUCAUCGCUGCAUGCUUGCUUGUUCUGCUGAGCUUGUUUUAGCUACUCACAAAACGGUCACAAUGAUGUUUCCUGCUGUCCUGGAGAGAACUGGCAUUACAGCUUUUGACUUGAGUAAGGUGAUAGAAAGUUUUGUUAGACAUGAAGAAACUCUCCCAAGGGAGUUAAAACGACAUUUGAAUUCAUUGGAAGAACGACUUCUUGAAAGCAUGGCCUGGGAAAAAGGUUCAUCGAUGUACAAUUCCUUAAUUGUAGCAAGGCCAUCCCUUUCUGCAGACAUAAACCGCGUAGGACUAUUAGCAGAGCCAAUGUUGUCCCUGGAUGCAAUUUCAACAUAUUAUAGCAUUCCUAGUGGAGGCUUGCCACCUCUCCCUUUUCACAAGCGUUGUGAGAAUUUUUCAGAUCUAAAUGGUGAUGCUCCAUCUCCGAAGAAGCAAUGUACUGAAUAUAGGAAUGUUCUGGUGGAGCGCUCUUCCUUUACUUCUCCCAUCAAGGACAGAACACGGGCUACCAAUAGUCCCAAAUCUAAAUUACCACCACUUCAAUCUGCUUUUGCUAGCCCAACACGUCCCAGCCCUUCAGGAGGUGGGGAAACCUGUGCUGAGAUAAGUAUUAAUGUGUUCUUUAGUAAGAUUGUAAAGCUGAGUGCAAUUAGAAUCAGAAGCUUGUGUGAAAGAUUGCAAUUGUCACAGGAAGCACAAGAGCGUGUUUAUUGUCUCAUUCAACAAAUUCUUAGCCAGAAAACUAGUCUUUUUUUUAAUCGGCACAUAGACCAGAUCAUACUUUGCAGUUUCUAUGGAGUUGCCAAGAUAUCACAUAUAGACUUGACAUUUAAGGAGAUUAUUUACAACUACAGAAAGCAGCCACAGUGUAAACCACAGGUCUUUCGUAGUGUUUUUAUUAACUGGCCAUCAACAAGCCGCAAUGGGAAAAAAGGUCAAGAGCAUGUUGAUAUCAUUACGUUUUACAAUGAGAUAUUUAUUCCCUCUGUCAAGCCUUUGUUGGUGGAGCUAGGAUCUGCUGCAGGCCAUUCAAAUUCUGAGAGGCCUUCUGAAGUUACUAGCAACAUAGAUGGCCCAAUUCCAGGAUCACCUCAGCUAUCUCGUUUCCCAAAUCUUCCUGACAUGUCUCCAAAGAAAGUUUCAGCUUCUCAUAAUGUUUAUGUUUCUCCAUUACGAUCAUCAAAGAUGGAUGCUUUACUGUCACCAAGCUCUAAGAGCUAUUACGCUUGUGUUGGUGAGAGCACUCAUGCUUAUCAGAGUCCUUCCAAAGAUCUAUCCGCCAUCAAUAACCGCUUGAACAGCAGCAGAAAAAUAAGUGGUAGGCUCAACUUUGAUAUGGUCAGUGACUCAGUUGUGGCCGGGAGCCUAGGCCCUCACAACAGCAAUUCAGAUUCUCCUUCUGCUGCCGCUGCUGCUGCUGCUGUUUUAAAGAACCCUGUAAAGUGUGAGCCACCUGAUUGCUAAUUCCUAUUCCUCUUAUAUAUAUGUCUGUGGGCUGUCUGUUCUAAAGUUAAGGACUGUGUGGGAGCAGAAUGCUUAUUUAUAACAAAUAAUAUCAUUCCCCUUUGACCGCCAUGUUUCCUUAGACGUCAGUUUAGCGAUUUGUAAAAAGAUGUUCCUAUAGCAUAGUUAUAAUUAUAUUUUUUCUUCUUUAGAAA